CCACCCCAGGACUGAGCGAACGUGUGAACGACCAUGGCGGCCGCCGGGGCUCUGGCCAAGCACGAACAGAUCCUGGUGCUCGAUCCGCCCACCGACCUCAAAUUCAAAGGGCCUUUCACAGAUGUAGUCACCACAAAUCUUAAGCUACGAAAUCCAUCUGACAGAAAAGUAUGUUUUAAAGUGAAAACUACAGCACCUCGUCGAUACUGCGUGAGGCCAAACAGUGGAAUUAUUGACACAGGAUCAUCUGUAACUGUGUCAGUGAUGUUACAACCCUUUGAUUAUGAUCCAAAUGAGAAGAGUAAACACAAGUUUAUGGUACAGACGAUCUUUGCUCCACCAAACAUUACAGAUAUGGAAGCUGUGUGGAAAGAGGCAAAACCUGAUGAUUUAAUGGACUCCAAAUUGAGAUGUGUAUUUGAAAUGCCUAAUGAAAAUGAUAAGAUGAAUGACAUAGAUUCAAGCAAAUCUGCUCCUGUACUGAAUACAGCUAAACAGGAUGGUCCCAUGCCAAAACCACACAGCAUUUCACUUAAUGACACCGAAACAAGGAAGCUAGUAGAAGAAUGCAAAAGACUUCAGGCGGAUGUGAUGAAACUGACAGAUGAGAAUAGACACCUGAGAGAUGAAGGUUUGAGGCUGAGAAAGGUGGCACACUCGGAUAAAUCUGGACCAUCAGGCUUGGCUCUCCGAGAGAAUUCCUCUAAUCCUCUGCCCUCGCUUCUUGUUGUAAUUGCAGCCGUUUUCAUUGGAUUCUUUUUAGGGAAAUUCAUCUUGUAGAGAGGGAGAAAAGAGAGAGAAGCAUGCAGAAUGCAGCUUCCUUUAUUCUUGGCCAGGAAAAAAAAUGUAUUUACCUACCACUUCAUUGGUAGUAUGGCCCAAGUGACCAUUUUUGUGUAUAGCAUCAUACAGGCUUUGCCUCUAAUGAUCUUGCACGGUUAGACAAUAAGAAAAGACAAACAGUUUGGCUGCUGGACAAAACAAACAAACAAACACAUGUAUAUUCAUCAAUAGCAGGUGUCAGUUGCACAUUCAGUCCUUUAUGAAAAGUCAUAAAUAAAGAAUUGUUCUUUC